AGUACUUCUUGUCAAAUUUCAAAUUGUCAAUUUGUCUUAUAAACGUGAACUUUGUUUGGAAUAAAACAAAAAGUAUUUUGGUCAUUUAUUAACUAAAAACUUUUAUUAUCACUUACAUAUGCUUAUUGUAAAUAUUAUCAAUCACAAUGUCAGUAGAAGAAGAAAUAGAAUUGAAGGAUUUAGUUGCCCAAACUUUAAAAUUCAACGGUACACUGGCCAAAAUAAAGGCUCAAUUACGUGCUAGUCUUUUUCUUGCCUUGGAUGAAGAUGAAAAGAUUAGUUCACAAACACCUUUGCUAAAUAACAAGAUCAAAACUUUUAUGGAAACAACAGAGGGCAAAUCUAUGUUUUACAUAGUCCACGAAUUCCUGGAAUUUUUUAAUUUAAGUUUUACAUUAGCUGUAUAUGAACCUGAGUCGUAUUUAGAUUGCAAUUGUCAAAAAGAGGAAAAACAAAGAAUUGCGCAACAGUUUGGAUUAGGAAAUAUUGAAGAUAAUAGUGAACCACUCUUAUAUCAGAUUUUGAAAAUUGCUCAAAAAUCAAAAAGGACAUUGGAAAUUAAUCUCAAUGUGAAUGGAAACCAUGAAGAAAAAUCUGAUAGUCUACAAAGUGAAUCAGAUAGUAUCUCUGUACCAGAAAAUAUUUGCUCAGGUAGUAUUAGUAAAGAAAAUAUCAAAAUCCCUUUACAAAUAACAAACGGAGAGACAAUUGAGGAUCUAAACAAAACAUUUGAUGUGUCUAGUCCAAUAAUAAAUUCAAAAUCUAUUAUUAAACCUAAUAACGACAAUAAUAACUCCCAAUAUGUACGAACUGAACUUCCCAAAACCUCAAAUAGUAGAAGACAAAAUGAUGAUACUUAUGUUGAAACAAGUUCCUUGCAAGAAGAUACAGAUUCAAUGCAUCAAGAAAAAGUUCCUGAAGUCCAAAUGAACGGUUUAGAAGAGACUGAAAUCAAAGAAAAACUUACUGACAAAACUAAACUAUCUCCUCCAAAGUCUGAAAAAUCCAAAUCAAAAAAUAACUUGAGUUCACUGGCAGAUCUCCCUCCGCUCAAUAAACCCAAAGUUAAUGAUAUUCUACCGUCUUUAUAUAACAAAGAUUUUAAAGAUAAUUCAAAUAUACGCGAAAUGGAUAAACUAUUUGAUAUAGAUGAUGAAUAUGAAGAAGAUUUUAUGUAUAGCGGUGAUGAUUUAUCUCUUAAAUCGGAUCAUAGCAACAUUAGUUUGUUAAAAGAACUACAACAAACGAACCAGAUGAGUAACAGCAAUGAAAUAACUACACCAUUAAAUAGGAAAGAAACAAAAAUUCCACAAAAGAUUGCAGGAAGUUCACAAAAAAAAUAAAUAAUUCAAAUUAAAUGUUCAAUGACAAUGAGUAUAUACCCUAGCUGCACACUUUGAAUUGGACCAGAAUGUUUUGGUGUAAAUGGAAAAUUGUUAAGCAUUAUUUAUUGGCUCUAAUGUUUUAUACUACGAGGAAUAAAAUUAUAAGUGAAUAUUUACUACACAAAUCUUUUGAUUGAUAAAUGUUGAAUACUUGCAUGGUGAAAAAAUGUCUGUUAUUUGAUUUUGUACUUUUUAUUACACCCUUAUUUGUCUAAUAAUCUGAUGGACAGAACUUUUAUAACUAUCAAACGCUCUAUUUUCGUCAAUAUUUAUUUAUUAUUACAACUUAAUCAUAGUUGUUAGCUGAUUCUAAAUUUCUGGAAUAAUUUUUUCAUUAUUUCUACAUCUUUACAUGGUUUUAACUUUGUUUGCUGCACUAUUUCUACAACUAUUCAUUGCUGUGCCAUGAAAUAUUAAUAAUAAAUACAGAUGUCCAGAAACUUUCUUUUUAACAUACUAGAUCUAACCUUAUUUUUUACUAUCAGAAAGAUUCUCUUAAUGAAACUAACGCUCUUUAAAGAUGAUAUUGUUUAGUCGAUUAUUUAAAAAUAUCUCAUAGUACAAGUUUGCUUAUUAUGAAACCACUUUUUUUAUAGCUGUCUCAAAUGUUCAAUACCGAAGAGGCAAUAGUUGGUAGAAAAUUUGUGAUCCACUAACUAGAAUAAAGUUUGUUUGUGUUUAUUUUGAAAUAUACUUUAAAAACUGAAUAAAUCAUCUUUGGAAGUGCUAGUUUCCGUUUGGACUUGAAAUCGCAUUUCCAUUAAAAUAGUGUCAUAAGUCAAAAAAUUAGAAAAUCUUUUUUAUCGUACCACAGUUCUAGAACAUUUAAUCUCAAAUAAUGUCAUGUAAAUAGUUAGUACUGCGGUAAUAUUGUCAGGUUUUGAGUUAUCAGAAAAGUGGAAAACGAAGUUAAGAUUUAAUUUCAAAUGACUAUUACUUGAUAAUUUGUUUUUUUUCCCUUAUGACACUAUUCGAGUAUUUAUAGUUUACAUUUGAGAGGAAAGUUUCUAUUAAUGAUGUGCCAUAGUGCUCUUACCUUCUUCAAAAUUCAUUUUAUAUCCUUUUACAUUGAUUAACUUUUGUUAUCAAUCAAUUUUUCCAAAUUGUUUUUUUAUAAUGGUUUAGUUAGGUUUAGGUAUUGGGUUGAUGAAAUUUUCAAACUCAUUUCUUCACAUGUCUAGGUUUCUAUAAGUAAUAUCUUACAUUCCUCUUAAUGAGAAUAUCUUAAGUUAAUUUAUUGUAUACUUAGUGUAAUGUUUUUGUACUUACUUUGUUUUUACAUUAUUUAAAAAUUGUGCCUUAUAAAGUUGUGAUUUUCUUAGGACUAAUAGAUAAAAAGUUGAAAAAA